AUGCUCUUUCGCCGUUUCUUGGGGCGCAGGGCACUCGUCACUCUCGUCGGGGUUCCUGUUGUCUCGCUUGGUGGACUUGGCAUUUAUGUAGAGUAUCGUAAAAGUACACAGCCGUCGAUUUCCAUAUCCUAUCCGGUCUUUGACGAGUAUGGCUCGAUGCGCCUUGAUGGAAAACUUCUCAUGAAGCCUGGGUCGCUGUCAGUUGCAGGCCGUAUCGUGGAAUUGUUUCUGCUCUUUUUCCCGCUUGCAGUUCUCUACGUCGUGAUGCGAAUUCGAAGGGGGUGGUACCUUCGGUGGCUGGAAUUGCUCCUGCGGGCGGUGGAGCGCGCUGGUCCAGCCUUUGUGAAGGCCGGGCAAUGGAGCUGCACCCGGAAUGACAUAUUUUCACCCGAGUUUCGUUCUGUGUUUCGACGACUGUACAGCGAGGUGGACACUCACCCGUACACCACCACACUGCAGGUGCUUCGUGAGGAAUUCCAAAAAGACCCCUCUGAACUAUUUUCUGAGAUCGAACCGACGCCAGUGGGCUCGGGUUCGAUAGGGCAGGUACACAUGGCCAGAUUGCGUCAGACGGGCGAGAAGGUUGUCGUCAAGGUGAUGCACCCCAAAAUUGUGGAGACGAUUCUGAAAGACUUCCGCAUUAUUAUGGAAACGGCACGUCUGUUAGACAAGUACUUCCCGUCCCUUGAAAUGUAUGAACUACCGUCGCUGGCGCGCGCGUGGAGAGACCACCUCGCCGCUCAGUUGGAUUUCCGUGUGGAAGCGAAACACCUAUCCAUCUUCCGCGAAAACUUUAGGCAUGAGUCCUUUGUGGACUUCCCAAAACCGCUCUUUUCCACGCAGCGGGUGCUGGUAGAGUCCUUCUGCAAAGGUGAACCAGCUUCUCCUGAGUUUCUUAGCGCACAGGAAGAGUAUGUGCGGGAUAUCCUGGCUCGCAAAGGCUUGAACACGUGGUGUAAGAUGCUGCUGCACGACAACUUUGUGCACGGCGACAUGCACCCUGGCAAUAUUCUCAUCGACACCUCCGAUCCCCAUGAUCCGCGAAUUUCGCUCAUCGACGUAGGGCUCUGCCAACGUAUUAGUCCAGCCGAGGCUGACCUCGCACAUGACUUGAUGGAGUCCUUUGUUCGCUGGAAGUCCGACUUGUGCUGCUCCUCCUUGCUGCGCAUGGGCACCACGCAGAAGUUUGUGGAGAGGAAGAAGUUUGAGCAAGAGGUGGAUUGGCUCUUUGAACACUGGCGUCCCAAGAAAUCCUCGGAUUUUGCGGUAACCAACAUUUUGCAGUCCUUAUUUGAGUGCAUUCGCGAGAACCACGUCCAAAUGGAUCCACCAUUUGUGGCACUUCUUUUCUCUGUUCUCGUGCUGGAGUCGUUUAUUAUGAAUCUGAACCCGGAGUUCAACAUGGUGCGACACGCCGCGCCGUGGUUGCUGGGCGAGGGUCAUAUUUCAUACGGCCUGGCGAAAAAUAUUUUGUUGACGCGACUCGAUGUCUUGAAGCAAGACCUCGGCGUUUUGCGCGGCCGUCUGCGGGACGGCGUGCACGGAAGAAUGUUGCAGAACAACGGCGGGCGCCUUGGCAGGAGCGAGUGGUAG